AUGGGUCUCCUCUCAGAGCUCAACAUCAAGCCCGGUGUCGUCUACGGCGACGACCUCCUGAAGCUGUUCAGCUACGCCAAGGCCAAGCAGUUUGCCAUUCCCGCUGCCAACGUCACCUCCUCUUCCACCGCCGUUGCCGCGCUCGAGGCUGCCCGCGAGGCCAAGUCCCCCAUCAUCCUCCAGACUUCCCAGGGUGGUGCCGCCUACUUCGCCGGCAAGGGCAUCCCCAACAGCGCUGACAAGCAGGAGGCUUCCGUCGCCGGUGCCAUCGCUGCCGCUCACUACAUUACCUCUAUCGCCCCCAUCUACGGCGUCCCCGUCGUCCUCCACUCCGACCACUGCGCCAAGAAGCUUCUGCCGUGGCUCGAUGGCAUGAUCUCCGCCGAUGAGGAGGAGUUCAAGCGCUCCGGCCACCCUCUUUUCUCCUCCCACAUGAUUGACCUUUCCGAGGAGGAUGUCGCCUACAACAUCGAGACCACUGCCAAGUACCUCAAGCGCUCUGCACCCAUGAAGCUGUGGCUCGAGAUGGAGAUUGGUAUCACCGGUGGUGAGGAGGACGGUGUCAACAACGAGGAUGUCGACAACAACUCCCUCUACACCCAGCCCGAGGACAUUUACGCCAUCUACCAGACCCUGAGCCCCAUCAGCCCUUUCUUCUCCAUCGCUGCCGGUUUUGGUAACGUCCACGGUGUUUACAAGCCUGGCAACGUCAAGCUCCACCCCGAGCUCCUCGGCAAGCACCAGGAGUUUGUCCAGCAGAAGCUGGGCACCGACGACAAGAAGCCCGUCUUCUUCGUCUUCCACGGUGGAUCCGGCUCCGCCGUCGAGGAGUUCCAGAAGGCCAUCUCCUUCGGUGUCGUCAAGGUCAACGUCGACACUGACCUGCAAUGGGCCUACCUCACCGGUAUCCGCGACUACGUCACCAAGAACAUCGACUACCUGAAGACCCAGGUCGGAAACCCCGAGGGUGACGACAAGCCCAACAAGAAGAAGUACGACCCCAGAGUCUGGGUCCGUGAGGGUGAGAAGACCAUGAAGGAGCGUGUCAAGCAGGCUCUGUUCGACUUCAACGCCAACGAUGGCUUCCUUCGCCGGAACUACCUCUUCCUCAACCCGCCCGUCGCGCCAAAACAAGAUGGCGCAAUCCGCUUCGGCAUUCUGGGCGCAGUCAACAUUGCUCCAAUGGCUCUUAUCGUGCCCGCCAAGUCCCACUCAGAGGUCAUAGUCCAAUCCAUCGCCGCCCGCGACCGCACCAAGGCCGCAGCCUACGCGGCCAAGCACGGCAUCCCAGACGUCAAGGACUCUUACCAGGCCGUCAUCGAUGACCCCUCGCUGGACGCAAUCUACGUCCCACUGCCCAACGGCCUGCACUACGAGUGGGCCCUGAAAGCGCUGCAGGCCGGCAAGCACGUCCUGCUGGAGAAGCCCUCCGUCUCGAACACGCACGAGGCCGAGGCGCUCCUCAGGCUGCCGCUGCUCGCGGAGCCUGGAGCCCCCGGAAACGUCGAGCACGUGAAGGCGAGCGCGUUUCUCCCCUGGUUCGCCAUCGGGGAUGACGACAUCCGGUUCCAGUAUGAUCUCGCGGGCGGUGGGCUAAUGGACCUGGGCACGUACACCGUCUCGAGUAUCCGCCAGACGUUUGGCGUCGAGCCGGAGGAGUGCGUGACGGCACAGUUCAAGACGAUGCCGUCGCCCGAGGAGAGGGUGGAUUACGCGUGGGACAUAACGUGGAGGAUGGCCAACGAGGGUACGGCUCACGCGGAGGGGGCGUUUAGGACGGGGACAUUUGCCAUGGGGCUCCCGCGGCUGAGUGUCACUCAUAAAGAGGUAAAGGUCCCCGACGAGAAGCUGCCAACAGGCCAGGAGAAGACACGCAAGAGGAAGAUUGCCUUUGCGAAUUUCAUGCUGGGCGGGAUAUGGCACCGCAUCGACGUCGUGGACGAGUUCGUCGUGAAGCGGACGGGCUCAGGUGAUGUUGUCAGAAAGUGGACAGAGAAGACGUCCAAGAAGGCCUAUACGUUCAAGGGGGCUGGGUUGGCAGGCAAUGGCGAGGAGUACUGGUUAACGUACCGGCAUCAGUUGGAGCAGUUUGUCAACCGCGUCAAGGGGAGGGAGACAAGCGUGUGGGUUGAUGGGGAGGACAGUAUCAGCCAGAUGAGGAUGAUUGAUAUGGCGUAUGAAAAAGCGGGCUUGCCGCUUAGGAAAUCGACUGGCGUUACAAUUUAG